UCCACCCUACGGUGCUCCGCAAAGGACAACAGAGCUCAAAAACGCAAUUGACGCUCCGCAACGAAACUGCGUCCUGAAUAGGAGGGCGGUGGUUUGACUAACGGUACUACUACUAUCUUUAUCAGAGACUACAGGUAUUGUGUGUACGGUGAUGCUGCGUGACAGUAUGAGGCCAAGCGGAGCUCUAGCGACAGUGAUGCUGCUGGUACUCAUCCAGCUCCUGUGUUUCAAACCACUUCAUGCCGAAGAAUCAGGGACGGUUAUUCCCGCUGAGAGCCGACCAUGUGUUGACUGUCAUGCCUUUGAGUUCAUGCAGAGAGCCUUGCAAGACCUGAAGAAAACAGCUUUCAACUUAGACUCACGGACGGAGAGUUUGGUGCUGAGGGCCGAGAGGAGGGCACUGUGUGACUGCAUGCCUGCCAGCAGCCUGCGCUAAAAAACCAGCCGUAAACACUGCACUCAGACAUAGAAAUCUUUAUAUACCUAAAGGAUACUACCUGCUCUCUCUGUCAUACACACUCUUUUACUCUCAAACAUGUUUCCUGUCACGUUUUACAUGAAACAUUUAUCCGUCAUUGUAGUAUGUGCAUAGAGGAUCAUAAAUACACAUUCCUGACUGAAGAAGUCACAACGCAGCAUUCCACAGGUUAAAUGUCAAUGUUGAGAGGCACAUACAUAUUAGGACAGGAGGUAAUGCAUUGAACUUUCCAUAAGUGUGUGUAAAGACAAGGGGUAAGUGUUUCCUCUCCAGGCACAAUGCACUGCAAAAUAUACUCCGAACACUGAACAUUAUUUAUCAUAAUUAUUUGCACAGCACACUAUGUUUUUUCAAAUGUUUAACUGCUUUUUAUAUUUGUGUUCUAGAAAUAUAUGAUUAACUGUCACAAUAGUCUAGCAGGUUUUAACUUAGAUUUAUUAAAUAUCAGAAUUUAAGUGUAGUUCAGGCAGUGUUAUAGAGAGUUUGCUGUAAGAUUAUUAGAUGAUAGAUAUAUGACUAGAAAAGAACCUGCAUGUAUAGUGAUAGUCUAGAAUUUUAUAUGAGAAUUUAUGAAGGAGGUACAAAAAAAUGGAUGGUUUCCUAUAGAGAUUACUUUGGUACUAAGAUGUAAGUUCACAGCUGUAACAACGUCUUUUUGUGUGUAGCGAAAGUGCAUUAAAACGUGAUGUAUUUCA